GAGACAAGGCCCAGCCACAGAACCUUCAGUGCUUCUUUGAUGGGGUCCAGUCCCUCAACUGCUCCUGGGAUGUGUGGACCCAGAUAACUGGCUCUAUUUCCUUUGGACUGUUCUACCGCCCCAGCCCUGAAGCUCUGGAGAAGAGAUGCUCUCCAGUGGUGAAGGAGCUGCAGACCAGCCUCUACACCCGCUACCACUGCCGUCUAACCGUGCCUGACCCCAGUGUGCACAACCAGUACACUGUCUCUGUUAAGCACCUGGUACUGGGGAAGUUCAUCAGCAGCUUUGACCACAUCCAGAUGCAGCCUCCAACCCUCAACCUGACCAAGAGCAGAGACAGCUACAGCUUGCGUUGGGAAACUCAGAAAAACCUUUCAGAUAUGACAUUCGAGAUCCAGUUCAAGAAGAAAUUUGACAGCUGGGAGGACAGCAAGAGAGAGAAACUAAAUAGUGCUCACAGCAUGAACCUGCCACAGCUGGAACCUGCCACCACAUACUGUGCCAGGGUGAGAGUCAAGCCCUUCAACAAGUACUAUGGGCUCUGGAGUGAGUGGAGCAAUGAGUACACUUGGACAACUGACUGGGUGAUGCCCACGCUGUGGAUAGUCCUCAUCCCCGUCUUUCUCAUGCUCAUCAUGCUCCUGGCCCUCCGCUUUGGCUGUGUCUAUGGGUACAGGCUGUACAGGAAGUGGAAGGAGAAAAUCCCCAACCCCAGCAAGAGCCUCCUGUUCCAGGAUGGAGGUAAAGGACUCUGGCUCGCUGGCAGCAUGGCAGCUUUCACCCCUAAGAACCCCACUGCCCAGGAGCCACAGAGCAACCUUUUCAUUGAACAACUGGGGGUGUCAUAUACACAUUUGGAGGACAAUGAAGUGUCACCUCUCACCAUAGUGGACCCUAACAUGGUUCAAGAUCCACCAUCUGGGCCUGACACAACCCCAGCCGCCUCAUCCGAACCCACAGAGCAGCCUUCCGAUGUUCAAGAAGACCCACCAACUCCUUCUGGCAGGCCUAGGAAGAAAAUUCCCAGCUUUGACUUCAAUGGCCCCUACCUGGGGCCUCCCCAAUCCAACUCCCUGCCUGAUCUCCCAGGCCAGCUGGUUUCCCCCCAGGUGGGUGGGAGCCUGAAGCCAGCACUGCCAGGCUCCUUGGAGUACAUGUGUCUGCCCCCUGGAGGACAAGUGCAACUGGUCCCAUUGUCCCAGGUGAUGGGGAAGGGCCAGGCUGUGGACAUACAGUGUGGGUCCAGCCUGGAGACCACAGGGAGCCCUUCCAUGGACCCAAAGGAGAGCCCUCCAGUUGAGCUGAGGGUAGAGGAACAGGAGCCAAGGGACAACCCAGUGACUCUUCCCAUAUACACUGGGUUCCCUGAGGACAGUAUGAUGGCCUCUGAUUAUGUCACCCCUGCAGAUCUGGUGCUCACUCUGCCCACAGAGCCCCUGUCUACCUCUCUGGGCCCCUCCCUAGGGUUCCCCUCAGCACAAAGCUCCAGUCUCUGUCUUGAGCUGCCCAGGGUCCCCAGUGGAAGCCCAGCUCUUGGGCCACCAGAAUUUGAGGACUAUGUGGCGCUUCCUCCAAGCAUGAGCCACCCUGCCAUGUCCCCUCCUGGCAAUCCUGCUCCUCCUGUGACAAGCAGCCUCACAGUGAGCCCAGGAGAGCCCAGGGAGGAAGUAAGCCCAGCAUCCCCACACCAUGAAGGCCUCCUUGUUCUUCAGCAGGUUGGGGACUACUGCUUCCUCCCUGGCCUGGGACCCAGUCCCCUCUCACCACACAGUAAGCCACCCUCUCCAGGCCUGUGCCCUGAGGUUGAGGACCUAGACCAGGACUUACCUGUCAAAAAGAUUCCCUUCCAACCCAUGACCCAGGUGCCAGCCAUUCAGUUUUUCAAGUCCCUAAAGCAUCAGGACUACCUGUCACUGCCCCCUUGUGACAAUAGCCAGCCUGGGAAGGUGUCCUGAGUCUUCUACCUCCCAAUCACACCAGCAGCCUUGUGCCUCAGCAUGUGGACCUCAGCCAACCAUCACCACAGGACCAUCACUGAGAUGCAUGCUCUUCCUUGCUCUCUGCCCUGACACAACAAUACCCCACCUGUGCUCUCCUCCUCCCCUCUCUCUUUCCUUCUCCCUCCAUGUCCCCCUCCCCCACCAUCUCUCUCUCCAGUUUCCUGCCUUCUAUGGGAUCUUCUUUCCUUCUCCUCUGUCUUCUUGGAGUGGGGAUGAGGCCUCUGAGGAUGAUCCCUGCAUCCUCUGUUUCAGGCAUAAGAAGUGUUGAGUACAGCUUGUCCACCUCAGGCAUCUAUAACUUAGCAUAGUUCUGUCUUAGUGUAAAAGGUGAGGUUCUCAGUUGACCCCGUUGAGGGGUCAGACUGUAAAACUGAGCAGGCUAAUGUCAAUACCAGAACAGACAUGGUCCUCUAUGGUUGUCUGAAGCUCCUGGGGAACCUUGUAGAGGGCACUGAGGACACUUAUUACGUACAGAAGUCAGUGAUGUGGACAAAGCUGGACACAGCUGUGGCCAGGCUGGAGGGACGAGGGCCCAUGGGGAAAGCUGGGUGUCUAGAACUCAUGGUCUCAACUGCAGACAAGCCAAGUUGUGGAUCUGGGACAGCACACCCGGAGACUUAGUCUAGACAGCUGAGCUGUUCGUUCCUUCUCCCUCCAGAAUGCCUGGAUACCUCUACUCCCACUGGCCUCAGAUAGGGUCUGCUGUGGGACUGUGGUCCUUGGCAACCAGUACCUUCUUGACAAACCAGGCACAAUGGCAUUAUGUCACUCGGUUCUCAGUUGCAUAGUUUGCACAUGACUUUUGUGUGUGUUUUGAGUAUCGGCCUUUUUUUGGUGGUAGGGAAGGGGGGUUGUGAGCUGUGCCCAUGAACAAUUUUGUCCCUCAGAGUGUCUUCUUUUUUGGAUGAGACUGAAUAGCUCUUUCCACAUGGCCCUUUGUGGGACACACAUGUCACCCCCGAAUGUUCUAAUUUUGUUCAGGAGACACAACAGCUCCCUCAGCAAUUAUCAGGUCUACAUUGCCGUGAGUUGGGUCGCCCAGCAGCACCCUUCUUUUGGGCCAUAUUUGCAGCGGCCUUUGGUGCAAAUAUACACGUGCUUUCGUUUACCUCUUUCUAGUUCCUUUUGGAUCUAAAGCCUUGAACCGAUGGCUUUAACUUUUCUACAACACAUGCUUGCUCUGCAGAGAUCCGUCUUUAUAUAUUCCAUCCACCUGGAGCCAGGGAUGUUGUAUCAUUUCUUCACCUAUUUGCUGUCUGUCAGGCACUCCAUGAUCCAUCAAGUCAUGAGAUGCUUCUGGUCCGUCCCAUCUCCUGGCCUCCCUCACUGGAUGGCAGCCACAGCUCUUCAUAUUUGAUUUUGACCUGCGGCAGACAGAUCAAGUGUUCCUUGGUCUGUGUUCAUUGAAGCAAAGGAAACCACUAACAUCUUGAAAGCAUUUCAGUGGCAAUGUUCAACAGCCUGUCAAUACUUUCCAAAGUGACCACUCUAGAGAAAAAAACAGGAGAGACCUCAGUAUUAAGAUAUGAACUAAAAAAUGCCUUAAGAGGGAACAUUGUAAUAAAAUGUUUACAUACAAAUACAAUAAAACAUAGGGGAAAAAGGCCGUGUGUGUGUGUGUGUGUGUGUGUGUGUGCGCGCAUGUGCGUGUGCAUGCCUGCGAGUGCGUGUGUGUAUGUAUGUGUGUGUUUUAGAAGGUUGGGGUUGGGGACAUUUCCAAAUGAGUGCCUUGUCAAGAAACUGAGUUCCAUAGGCCCUGGACAUUCGAUACUCAGGUGCCUGCAUCCUCUCAGAGGAGAAGAGCAGAGGACCUGUGGGAGGGACUGUGUUGUAGAGGAGUGGAGAGUGGGGACUGCAAUCAGAAUGUAAAGUACACAAAUAGAUUAACUAAUGGAAAAAUAAAAAUAUAAACAUUA